UUAUCUUCCGUAGCAAGCCAAUGAUAGGCUUAUUCCCUUGUCUUCACAUGACCCGACCCAACAUACUGUAGCUGUGUAUGGUAGCUCUUCCCAGAAAACUGAAAAAUAUCAAACUCAAAAUUCUCAAUCUAUCCAAAGUGAUGGUUUCCUCUUCUACCUGCCUUCUCCUCUUUCUAGUGUCACUUGCGGUGGCGGCUUCACCUUUGCCUGCAAUGGCGGAACCCCCAAAGCCAACGCCAUGGCCGCUCCAAUUCCACUCCAUUCUCUUUGUAAACUACAGUGGAUCGCUCAGCCUCAUCGACCUCUGGUACGAUUGGCCGAAUGGCCGCAACUUCAACAUCAUACAAGACCAGCUGGGAGAGCUUCUAUACGAUCUCGAGUGGAACAACGGCACCUCAUUUUUGUACACUCUCGAUUCCAGCAAAAAGUGCCGCUCCGCUCAGCUGGAAGUCGGGAUUCUCCGACCUAACUGGCUAGACGGCGCCGUUUACCUCGGCCAGGAAAAUGUCGACGGAUUUCUCUGCAACGUCUGGCAGAAGGUCGACUUCAUUUGGUAUUAUGAAGACGUUGUCACCAAGAGGCCUGUCCAUUGGGUUUUCUACACUGGAAGAUCAAUCCAUGUAAUGACGUUUGAAGUGGGAGCUGUGCUUGAAGAUGCAAAAUGGCAGGCCCCUGUAUACUGUUUUGAGAAGAAGAAAGAUACUGAAUCUGAUCUCAAAGAAUCUAAACUGGAUGUUGGUUACUUUGAACCUCAACUAGAAAGCAUUUUGGGAGGACCAAUGCAGCUCUAAUGUAACACCGCUUGUGGUAUAUUUGGAGUUCAUUAGGUCUUACCACAUUUGGCCCUUCUGAGUAUCUGUACUGUUUAAACUUUCCAUUUUUUAGUUUAUGUAUUUGAUUUUACCCUUGAACUCGUUCAUAAUGUGAUAGUUACUCACUAUUGAAGCAUUAGAUGAGUUGGCGAAAAAGAUACAACGAGCAAUGCUACAUUAGAAUUGCACUGGUAAAUUGAUUAGAUGUGCACAGUUUAUUGUAUGGGAUGAAGCUUCAAUGACAAAUUGUAAAACUGUCGAGGCUUUUAAUUGUUUGCUAUGAUAUGUAACUGAGUGUAGUAGAA